GGGAUCACUACCGCACAUCACCUAGCGCUAUAUCUUCUAAAUGUUUUCACAGUGCGAACCAUAUGUGCCGUUAAAAAUGUAUCCGGCUGUGAUUAAAACUGUUUAAAAUGUACUAUAUCUUCUGUUUAAUGGUUUGAAUAAUUUUUAGUUGUUUUAUUUUUCUCGGAGGUGUAUUUUAUAGGUUCGGGAAAUUACAUUAAGGGGUGGUGCCGUGAUGCCCGUUCGUAAGCAAGAAGCCCACCGAGCAUUGGAACUGCUGGAAGACUACCACAGCAAACUAGUGAAACCCAAUGACCGGCAACUGCGACUUGCGAUCGAAAGAGUCAUCAGAAUUUUCAAGUCACGCCUCUUUCAAGCUCUUCUUGAUAUUCAAGAAUUCUACGAGCUAACACUACUCGAUGACACCAAAUCUAUUCAGCAGAAGACGGCGGAAACCAUCCGCAUCGCAAACAAGUGGGAGGCAGAUGGCACGCGUCGGGAAAUUCAGUCGGAAGAAAGCGAUUACAGAUCAGUCUCCAAUGCCUUCCUUCAAGACAGCAACCGGAAAUCAGAUCGCAGUAGCUAUACACCGGACUCAGCAAAGAUGGAAAUCGUGCAGUCGAUGGCCCCGGAUAGUGGAGAGAUUCAAGAAAAAAAGGCUCAUGUUACAACACCUGAAAUGAAGCAGUUACAGGUAAAUGGAAUCGAAGGUGGUGGUCCAGAGCGUACCACAGGUGAAGAUGGGAAUGUAUACUUGACUGUAGUGUUGUCCCGGGCGGGCGGCGCCGGGCUGGGGUUCAGCAUUGCCGGGGGCUCCGACAAUCCCCACAUCGGGGACGACCCGCACAUCUACGUCACCAAGUUAAUACCGGGGGGCGCAGCCGCCGCUAGUCAGUUGCAGAUUAAUGACGCCAUAUUACAAGUUAAUGAAACAAAUGUAGAAAAUGUGAUACAUGCAGAAGCGGUUGACGCACUGAAAAAGGCAGGGAACACUGUGAGACUGAAAAUAAAACGGCCCGGCACCGAAGACACUACAAACACAUCUCAAAGUAAUAAAGAGGAUGCAGUCGAAAUAGAACUAGUAAAAGGAGGUUCGGGGUUAGGAUUCAGCAUAGCGGGUGGCGUGGGUAACCAACACAUACCCGGGGACAACGGUAUCUAUGUCACAAAGAUCAUGGCCGGUGGCGCGGCGCACCGCGACGGACGGUUGCGCGUUGGCGACAAACUGCUCAUGGUCAAGAACACCUCUCGCGGUGACGUGGACCUGGACAACGUGACGCACGAGGACGCAGUGGCCGCUCUGAAGGCGUGCGGCGAGCGCGUGCAGCUGGUGCUAGUGCCGGGCCCGCGCCACUCGCACCUGCCCGGCCAGCCCUCGCCACGCAGCUCGCGCGCCAACACGCCGUCGAGCGUCGCCAACUCCCUCCGCCGGGAAGACGUGACGGACAGCGCGGAGGAGCCGCGCGUGGUGGAGCUGGAGAAGGGCGGGCAGGGGCUGGGGUUCAACAUCGUGGGCGGCGAGGACGGGCACGGCAUCUACGUGUCCUACCUGCUCGCGGGCGGCCCCGCCGAGCGCUCCGGCCAUCUGCGCCGCGGCGACCGUCUGCUGGCCGUCAACGACACCGACAUCACCAACGCCACCCACGAGCAGGCGGCUAAAGCUUUAAAGGGAACGGGACAGAAUGUAAAGUUGACAGUUGUAUAUAGACCACAAGAGUACAACAAGUUUGAAGCGCGAAUCAAUGAACUGAAACAGCAUCACACUCUUUUGCGGACGUCACAGAAACGAUCCUUGUAUGUCAGAGCACUUUUCGACUACGACCCGAUAAAGGACGACGGCCUACCCUCGCGGGGGCUUCCAUUCCGAUACGGCGACAUUCUGCACGUAACCAACGCGUCCGACGACGAAUGGUGGCAAGCCAGACGGCUAGACACGACGGACCCCGACGCCAUCGGCAUCGUUCCGUCGAAGAAGCGCUGGGAGCGCAAGCAGCGCGCCCGCGACCGCCAGGUCAAGUUCCAGGGCCAGGGCACGCCCGUCAGCACGAGCCAGUCAACUUUAGAAAGAAAAAAACGGACCUUGUCCUUUAGCAGGAGAUUCCCCUUCAUGAAAAGCAGAGAAGAUGGCAAGUCUGAAGACGGAUCCGACCAGGAACCUUUCAUGCUUUGUUAUACACAAGAGGACACUAACGCCGAUGGGGAAAUCUUGUACCGAGUGGAACUUCCCAUGAUGGAGGAGAUAACGCUCAUUUAUCUCGAGGACGAGAGUCAAGACGAGACUGUGUUGUCGUACGAGACGGUGCAGCAGCUGACGAUCUCGUACACGCGGCCGGUGAUCAUCCUGGGGCCGCUCAAGGACCGCAUCAACGACGACCUCAUAUCGGAGUUCCCGGACAAGUUCGGCAGCUGCGUGCCGCACACAACGCGACAACGGCGCGACUACGAGGUGGACGGACGGGACUACCACUUCGUAGGCAGCCGAGAGCAGAUGGAGAGGGACAUACAGAACCACCUGUUCAUCGAGGCGGGCCAGUACAACGACAACCUGUACGGCACCUCCGUCGCUUCCGUCAGGGAGGUCGCCGAGAAGGGUAAACACUGCAUUUUAGACGUGAGCGGAAAUGCCAUUAAGAGAUUGCAAGUGGCACAACUUUAUCCAAUAGCCAUAUUUAUUAAACCAAAGAGUGUAGAAUCUAUAAUGGAAAUGAAUAAGAGGAUGACUGAGGAACAGGCAAAAAAAACUUUUGAGCGCGCUCUGAAAAUGGAACAAGAGUUCGCCGAAUACUUUACUGCGGUGGUGACGGGCGACACGCCGGAGGAGAUCUACUCGAAGGUGAAGGCCGUGAUCACGGCCGAGAGCGGCCCCAGCGUGUGGGUGCCGCGCCGCGAGCCGCUGUAGCCGUCCGUGUGCCUCGAGUACGUGUCCCUGGCCCCUGCUGACUGCUCCCUGCCUGCAGCGGUAGAUGAAUGUUCGAGUCGCAACCGCACGAGCCGGCGCCGGCCACAUGAGCAAUCAUUAGGAAAUAGGACCGCCCCGAGCGUCAUUCGGUAAAAUCGCCUUUAUAGUUUAACGAGUAGCCGCCGCUUCGUCGAUACCCCACCCCCGGAGUUCGUUUAGCAUAAGUUACCGUUUUAAAUAUCUACUUAAUGUAAAUUAUCACUCGUGCGUAAAGUUGACCAAUGACUCGCUAAUCGCUGUAGCAUGUGCACUACGCUUAAGUUUAUCGUGCGGAUCUAUUGACUAGCGAUGGUGUUGACCAAACGCGGUGUUUGUAUCGAGUUGUACCCUUGUUUAUCUCUAUACUAAUUUUAGUUACUCGGAGAAUCCCACUAAUAAUUAUGCGCUUCGAUCCACUACCUAUGUAAAUUGAUUGUAUAUUAAACAAAUUUAAAAUUGUAUUAUCAUGUUAAUUUACUCAGGUUGCUAGAUACAUUUUGAAUCUUCGUCAUGUUAUUAAAGUUUAAUAAUAGUGAAGUUAUUACUAUUACUUGACGAGUCACGGUGCACCGGUGAUGUUGACAUAGUGUAAUAAUUACAAGCUAGUGUUAUGGACGGCCGGUGGUACGUCGGCCGUCGUGUUCUAGUGUAAUCUAGGAGUAGCCCCACGCCCACCUCACGCGCCCAUGGCUAGGCUAAGUCGUUGCAUUAUCAGGAUUAUUUGCUCAAGCGGCAAAAUAUUAUAGCCACUGAAUCUCAUGACAUAUUCUGCACUAAUGUCCUCCUCGACACAUUAGGCGCGGUGCAAGUUGUUUGUUGAUCAUUUUUAUAGUAAGCAAUUGUGUUAUCUGGUGUGAAGUGUCUCACCAAUUUAAAUAGUAUUUGACAUUUAUUUAUUGAGAAUUUUAUUUUCUUACUGAAUAAUAGAAUGACCAUCUGCAAAUAUGGCACGAAGCGCACUCUGAGGAUGCAAUACUUUACUGUUAUAUCAACUUACGUCGCUUCAUUUUAUUGCAUAAUGUAAUGGAAUACUGGGAAUCCCAUAAAUAUUCCCAUCGUACUUAAACUAGUUUUAAGUUUGAUGUGUUAAAUAGCUAUUAUUUUUCAUGACAAAAUAUUAUCUACUGAUAUUAAAGACAGUUACUUACGGUAGGAAUCGCGACUAGCUUGUAUUGUAAUUAUGCGCUGCAUUCGCCUCGUCGGUCCUGUAUAGCUACCUGCCAAAGAUAUCAAUAAAUUAGCAAUACAUCGUCUUUCAAAUUGUAAUUGGUCUAUCAAUAAAAUUCAAGUUUUAUUAUACAUACUUAGAUUUAGGUAGUUAGCGAUAGCUAGUCGUGAUUCCUUGAUAAUUAUCAAAUCUUGAUAUAAUGUAUAUAACAGUUCAAUGCUAUGUAAUAGAACUAUCUUAAUUUAUUUUUAACAUGUGACUACUGUAUUAACAAUUAUUAUAAUGGAAAUGUUUUAUUUUAAUAGGUAUUUAUUUUAUUUUAUCGCGUUAAGUAGGUAUUGAAUUAAUGAAGCAUGCUAUCCUGUGUAAAUUAUUAAUUUAGUCAUUAUUAAUGAGGUCUUAACAUUUUAUUAGGAACCCAUAUUUGCAGAUGUACAAUGUAUAUGAGUUAGUGAUGUUCAAUAGAAUAGUUUGAAUAAAAAUUAUUUACGUUGAAAAUUC